GCCGGUUGAUCCGCCGAUUUCCCCCCACCUCCUCCUCAUCCUCUUGUAGUGGCACCCACCACAAAUGCUACAAUCAUCGACCAACGACUCCGCUCCCGCAAAGCUUUUCCCGGUCUUCGCCUUCCCACCACAAGUGUCGUCCGGCCACGGAAUCGUCCCGCGAGACGCCAACCCCGUCGUCACACACACAUCGCCACCAGCCCAGCGGAGUCCACAAUAAAACCCAAAAGAUCUCUCCAUCUUUCUCCCCCACUCCCACCCCAACCCGUGUGCCGCUGCCUCGUCUCGUCUCGUCUUCUCGACCAAGUUUCUCCCUUUCUCCUCUCUCUCUUUCUCUCCGCGUUGUGGCUGUGGCCUGCGGGGCGCGGGCCGGCGGCGGUUGCUCGUUCUUCUUGGCGUAUGGUCGGCCGGAUGGAGCGGCAGACGGUGUCGACGUCCUCCGCGUCCUGCUCCCCCUCCGCCGCCUCCUCAUCCUCUUCCUCGUCAUGCGGCGGACGGAAGCGGCCCGACAUACUCAACAUGAUCCGGAGUGCAGCAUGUCUGAAUUCAUCAUCUACUGAUACUGGCAAGGGGCGGAGUAAGCAAUCAAGCACCAAGGUGACACACGGAUUCCACCUGGUUGAAGGGAAAUCUGGCCAUGACAUGGAGGACUACCAUGUAGCAGAGUACAAGUGCGAUAAGAACCAUGAGCUUGGCCUCUUUGCCAUUUUCGACGGCCAUCUGGGGGACCGUGUGCCCAGUUACUUGAGAGCUAACCUUUUCUCCAACAUACUCAAAGAGCCUCUCUUCUGGACUGACCCUCAGGAAGCGAUUAAAAAUGCAUAUGGCUCUACAAACAAAUAUAUUCUGGAAAAUGCCAAGCAACUUGGGCCAGGCGGUUCAACAGCAGUUACUGCUAUUGUAGUUGAUGGCAAGGAUAUGUGGAUAGCAAACGUAGGCGACUCGAGGGCCGUUUUAUGUGAACGGGGUGCUGCUAAUCAGAUCACCGUGGACCAUGAACCCCAUAUAUCCAAUGAAAGGCAGAGGAUUGAACAGCAGGGUGGCUUUGUCACAACAUUUCCUGGCGAUGUCCCUCGCGUAAAUGGCCAACUCGCUGUCGCAAGGGCGUUCGGUGACCAUAGCCUCAAGACGCACUUGAGUUCGGAACCUGACAUUAGGCAUGUACCCAUAAACUCAAGUAUAGAGUUCGUCAUACUUGCCAGCGAUGGAUUAUGGAAGGUGAUGAAGAACCAGGAAGCUGUGGACCUCGUGAAGUCGACAAAGGACCCCCAGGCAGCAGCAAAGCGGCUGACGACCGAGGCGCUCGCGAGGAAGAGCAAGGACGACAUCUCCUGCAUCGUCAUCCGCUUCCGCUGCUGAAUCGACCUCAUUCUCCGAUCAUUUCAAUUUCUCGAUCCAUGACUGAGAUGGCGUCGUGAUCUGAUUCUCUGCUCCGAUUGAAAUUAUGUAGUGGCUGUUAUUGUUUGUACCUAUAGUAGCUGUGAACAGGCUUGAGGUUAGAACAUUUCAUGGGGCUAGUAGUGAGUAGUGGCUAGUGUGUGCAGGGUGUGUCAUUCAUCUGUGCAUAUGUUACACCGCCAUAAGUUCCCCGCCAAUCUGUGGAACAUCUCGUUUGUGUACUUGGUUGAUUGUGAUGGUAAAUUGGUAAUGGACCAAUCAUGUUAAGGUGGCGCUUUGAACUUA